AUUCAUCGAUCAGACGUUGAAAGUCCAUUACGGUUUGAGUUGUUUCUGCAUUUUUCCCUUGUUUUCUCAGUCUUUGUGGAAGGUUUCUGCAGGAUGGCCACAGACCUCACCUUUUCAUCCCGUCGGUCACCUGUGCUGUGUUUGCACGGCUGCGUGGCAUCCAGUCAGCCCUUGGCCUCAGCCGUGGGUCUGGAUGUCCUUAAGCGUGGCGGGAAUGCUGCAGAUGCAGCAGUUGCCAUAGCAGCAGCUCUGGCGGUAACCGAGCCAUGCAGCACUGGGCUUGGGGGUGAUGCCUUCUGCUUGUUCUACGAUGGAAACACUGGAGAAAUCCAAGGGAUUAAUGGCAGUGGUCGUUCACCUAAAGCUCUUACCCUGGACUUUCUGGAAGGACUUGGUUACUCAGCAGAGGCUCCUCCUUCAGUUUUUGAUGCUUUGAAUGUUACUGUCCCAGGAGCUCCUGCAUGCUGGUGUGACACUGUUCAGUUGUUUGGAAGCCAAAAGCUGUCUAUGCAGGAGAUUUUGAGUGGGGCUGUGGAGCUGGCUGAGAAGGGCUUUCCUGUUGCAGAGGUGACAUCACACCAUUGGGCAGGGUGGGUGGCUGCCAUGAGAGAUUCCGGGAAGGAUCACGGGGGGGACUUGCUCAUUGGUGGCCAUCCACCCAAACAUGGUCAAGUAUUCAAAAACCCCGCAAUGGCUCAAACCAUAAAGGAGCUUGGUGAGCGAGGAAAACCAGCCUUCUACCAGGGCAGAGUGGCCCAAGCUAUCAUUGAUGUCAUCAACCAGAAUGGAGGGGUUAUGACACUGGAAGACCUCAGCAGCCAUGACAGUGAGGUCGUCAGCCCCAUUAGCACAGAGUACAAGGGUGUGCGUCUGUGGGAGCUUCCUCCCAACGGACAGGGCCUGGUCGCGUUGCUGCUCCUCAACAUCUUGAAAAAUUUUCCUCAGCUCAAAGCUCAAGGCCACAACAGCUCAGACUACAUCCAUAUAUUUGUGGAGGCCAUACGUUUAGCGCAAUCAGAUGCUUUUCGUUACCUUGGCGACCCUGCCCAUGUGACUAUCCCUUUAGAAAGCUUACUGGCUCAGAGAUACAGCGAAGAACGGGCGCGGCACAUCAACAUGGACAGGGUGAUAGAGCGAGUGGAACCAGGCCUGCUGACAGGAAGUGACACAGUCUAUUUCUGUGUGGUUGACAGCCAGGGAAAUGCUUGCUCAUUUAUCAACAGCACCUACAUGGGAUUUGGGACUGGACUGGUCCCCAAGGGCUGUGGGUUCUCACUCCAGAACCGUGGGGCUAAUUUUUCCCUGCAACGUGGCCACAUUAACUGUGUUGCUGGAGGGAAGCGGCCAUAUCACACUAUAAUACCGGCACUCCUCACCGACUCUUUGACUACCUCAGAAAAGCCCCAGCUUCUUGCUGCCUUGGGUGUCAUGGGGGCUUUUAUGCAACCUCAAGGACACAUCCAGGUCAUGUUGAACAUGGUGGAGUUUGGGAUGAAUCCUCAAGAGGCUGUGGAUGCACCAAGAGUCUUUGUACAGUAUGAAGAGAAAACUGAUCAGUGGGUAGUUAAUUUAGAGGAGGGGAUCGACCAGGAGGUGGCUGUGGAGCUGAGGAGAAGGGGCCACAAUGUCAAUUGGCCUGUUAAAGGCCACAAGAGGGCUCAAUUUGGGCGUGGACAGAUAAUCACAGUGGGAGAUUGGUGGAAACACUCCAUUACUCAAGCCAGCUCUCAAUCCAGGGUACUGUGGGCUGGAUCAGACCCCAGAGCUGAUGGAUGUGCUCUGGGAUACUAGAAACACAAAGACCAGAAUGAUCAAAACCAAAUUAAUACAAAUGAAACAUGUCUGAUUUCUGUAAGGUGGAUUAGGAUAAACUGUCUUUUUUAGUUCCACUUUUUUUUUUUUUUACUUCAGUUUUAUGAGUCAACCAAAUGAGUUUAUUGUUGGUUAAUAUUUGACAAAUAGCCAGCUUUAUAUCAGUGUGUGUUAAGAGUUCACAUGGAACCCUUUUAUUAGGUGAUUUAUGUCCUGAUAUCAGUGAUCAUCCUUGUCUUUUCUGCAAAUGUUCAGCUCAUUAUGAUUACUGAAUUUAAUCAGAUUUACAGAGUAACACAUUUGAAUUAUUCAACAAAUAAGAUGACAAAUCUUUUCCACUGGCUCCACCCCACUCAGCUUGGGUUUGGGAGUUUUUCCAUUACUGUUUUCUUUCACCCUAGAGAUUUCUACAUUAAUAUCUGUUCUGUAACAGGGUUGAACAUGACUAUAGUGUGACAUGAGGAGUCAUUAUAGUUACUAGGGAUGUCCUAAUCCAAUAUUGAUAUUAGAAAUUUGUCUGAUCUCAACCAACACACAAGUAUUGGAAUUUACUGAUCCAUCUAUCGAUGAAACAUUGCUUCCUGUCGGUGGUGACAAGCUUACCCUCCCCUCUUUUAACUUGAAGCAGCGCAACGAGCUGCUUUCAACAAAAUCUGCACACAACAAUAUUUUUCUCAUCAGAAAUGGCAUUUGCCAACUACAGAUAAUUCAAAACAGAGACAUUUGGUCAUGUUAUCAUGGGCACUUAUUUUGUAGUUAAAAUAUACGUUGAAGCUUAGCAUCAUAACCUACACGCUCUUUGCACAUUGUGCUGUGGCUCUUUCUACCUAAUCUCUAUGGUUCUUUCCCCUAAAAGGUGUUCAUGCUCUUUCUUCUUUAAUCUCCUGUACCUGGAACAUUAGCCAGUGACAAAUAUUCUAACCACAGAGUGCAGGAAGUAGUGAAAUUCAAAAAUGUGUUCAGAUGCCAUAUCACCACUAUGGAAUAGAAUUAUAUGUAGGGGUGUAAAAAGUACUUUUAUAGGGAAAAGAAAAGAGAAAUUUUAACUUACGGUAAUACUGGAAGCUGCUGCUGCCGCGGUGCAUCCUGGGGCAGCUAUCAAUCUCAAGAAUGGAGAAGUUAAACCAUUUCUUACAAAACAACAUAAAACAAACAUUUUAUUUUAAUUGAGAGGUUAAAACUGUUAUUUCAAACAAAACCAUAAGUAUUGGAAUAUAUUGGCAUGGAUCUAAAAUCUUUUAUAUAGCAUGCUAAUAGCAACACUCCACCUUUUACCUCCUUAUGUUUUAAAGUGUAUGUAACUUAGUUGGUAUAAUCAACGGGUCAAUUGGUCCCAUUCCUAUUGUUGUUGACAGUUCAUCUCUGUUUAAGUAAUAUCACUUAUUUUUCAAACGUUCUACGCAAAAUAUAGAAUAUAUAUAACUAUAUAUAUAUUCACCUAGUGGUUAAAACAUUGUGCUUGGGUGCUUGACCAAAGACCUUUAACCUCACACUGCUCCCUGGGUGCCACACAAUGGCAUCCCCCAAGGGGAUUGGUUCAAUGCAGAGAGUGAGUUUUGUUGCUCUGUACUUGUGACAGUGUAAUGACAAAAAAAAUAAUAAAAUCCUUAAGCGGUUGCUUUUUAUGAGUUUCCUGUUAUCUAAACUUUAAAUGAACCUGGAAGUUUAAUCAAAUAUAAAAUGUUCAAUAUGAAUUAAUAUACUAAGUAAUUAAUACAUUGAUUGAUGAAAAGGUCAACAUAUGAAGGCAUUGUUUAGUAAUCAACAUCACUUUGGUGCAUGUGGUGGGAUAAGUAAGUCAAGACGUUCAAUUACAAUAUAUGUGGAUCUGAUUAUUAUAUUUAGUGUUAUUUAAAAAAAAACAAUUAAGCAAUUAAGGUCUCCCUCAAAAAAGAGAUUUUAUCUCAAGGGACUUCCUGGUAAAAUAAAGGUUAAAUAAAACAAAAACUAACUGUUAGCACUUAAUAUUUAUACAGGUUUAUUGGCCUUAACUGUCUAUAAAUCGUUAUAAUGUGGAAAUAUACAAACAUUUCUAGCAAGUUAAAUGAAAAAAAAAAAAAAGUAUACUUUGUAAUAUAGUU